CAUAAAGGCAAAGAGAGACCCACAAGUUAUCGCUGUGAUCACUGCAAGAAAGUCCUCACCACUUCAUCAGGUCUGAGAAAACAUAAGAUGACUCACACUGGAGAUAAACCGUUCACUUGUGAUCAGUGUGGAGCAGCUUUUACCCAACAAAGUACUCUAAGGACUCACCAACGUAUUCACACUGGAGAUAAACCGUUCACUUGUGAUCAGUGUGGAGCAGCUUUUACCCAACAAAAUAAUCUAAGGACUCACCAACGUAUUCACACUGGAGAUAAACCGUUCACUUGUGAUCAGUGUGGAGCAGCUUUUACCAGCUCAAGUGAUCUAAGGACUCACCAACGUAUUCACACUGGAGAUAAACCGUUUAGGUGUGAUCAGUGUGGAGCAGCUUUUACCACAUCAGGUAGUCUAAUUACUCACCAACGUAUUCACACUGGAGAAAAACCGUUUAGAUGUGAUCAGUGUGGAGCAGCUUUUACCACAUCAGGUAGUCUAAUUACUCACCAACGUAUUCACACUGGAGAAAAACCAUUUAGGUGUGAUCAGUGUGGAGCAGCUUUUACCACAUCUAGUGAUCUAAAGAUUCACCAACGUAUUCACACUGGAGAUAAACCGUUUAGAUGUGAUCAGUGUGGAGCAGCUUUUACCACAUCAGGUAGUCUAAUUACUCACCAACGUAUUCACACUGGAGAAAAACCGUUUAGAUGUGAUCAGUGUGGAGCAGCUUUUACCACAUCAGGUAGUCUAAUUACUCACCAACGUGUUCACACUGGAGAUAAACCGUUUAGGUGUGAUCAGUGUGGAGCAGCUUUUACCAAAUCAAGUAAUCUAAAGACUCACCAACGUAUUCACACUGGAGAAAAACCGUUUAGAUGUGAUCAGUGUGGAACAGCUUUUACCAGAUCAAGUAUUCUAAAGAUUCACCAACGUAUUCACACUGGAGAUAAACCGUUCAGAUGUGAACAGUGUGAGGCAGCUUAUACCACAUCAAGUCAGCUAAAGAAGCACCAACCUACUCACACGAGUGAUAAACUCUAAAGAUUUGAUCAGUGUGAAGUGUGGAAUUGCAAAAAACACCUCAGCACAGCAAAAACAAAAAAGCAAAAUAAUCAGACAACAUCAUACCAAAACUUGAAAGACUAACAUAUGAUGCCCCCUGGACACCUCCUGGGAAGGUGUUCCUGGCAUGUCCCACCAGGAGAAGAGCCAGGACACA